AUGCUCGGAUCUCUUUACAAUUAUGUGUUUGGCUCGCAUUCUGUCGAUGCGCCCAAGCCUUACUCUACGUCCAACACUGUGCUUGCGCUGGAUGUCGCCGAGCUGUUUCAUCCUCGUUUAAGCACCAUCUUCCAGCAGUUGGAUGCCAUCUCGCCUCGCUUCACCGUCAAGGGCUCAUCCAUCCGAAUCCUACUGGAGCCUAGCGAGUUUUACUCCACCUUGAAGCAGAAAAUUGCCACUGCAAAGUCCAGAAUCUUCUUGAGUUCGCUUUAUGUGGGUAAAACCCAAGAGGAAUUGAUUGAAUGUUUGGCUGAUGCUUUGUCUAAGAACGUCGAAUUGAAAGUCUACGUGCUUACUGAUGCAUUGAGGGGAACUCGUGAGGCUCCUCAACUGCACUGUCUGGCGCUGUUGCUUGUGUCAUUGGUAGAAAAGUUUGGUAAACAUAGAGUUGAUGUCAGAAUGUACCAUACCCCUCAUUUGAGUGGCUUCAAGAAGAAUUGGGCCCCCAAGCGGGUCAAUGAAGGCUUUGGUUUGCAGCACAUGAAAUUAUAUGGCUUUGACGAUGAAAUCAUGUUGAGUGGCGCCAACUUGUCCGAGGACUACUUUACAGACCGUCAGGACAGAUACUACUUGUUCCAGGACAAGCGCUUGACAGACUUCUACUUUCAAGUGCAAUCGGCUAUUCUGAGCUUGUCCUACCAGCUUUUGACAACCACCAAGCCCAAAGGGUUCCAAAACUUCCGGUUAUCGUGGCCUACUUCCAACAAAUCGUGCGAGCCCGAUUUGAACUUGCAGCGUUUCAUCAGUGACCUGUCAUUUUUGUUGGAGCCCUUGUUGAAACAGCAUUCUCUCGGCUCAUUCGAGGAAUACACCGACACAAACGACUUUGACACCAUCAUUUACCCGGUCUUACAGUUCACUCCGCUUUUCAAGCGUGACCAUGAUGUGUCUACCGAAAAGCCUGCAGUUUUACGUAUCUUGUCAUACUUAGAUUCCCCGAAGAUCCGGUGGUGGUUUACCGCUGGCUACUUCAACAUGCUUCCUCAAAUCCAGGAGAGAUUGUUGAAUGGUCAUGCUGAAGGAACCGUAAUCACGGCAUCUGCUAAGGCAAACUCAUUUUACAAGUCACCAGGUGUGUCAUAUUACAUUCCAGAGGCAUAUCUUUUGAUCGCGAAGAAAUUCUUAGAGCUUGUCAAGACGCGGGGCAAAGAAAACUUGAUCAAGUUAUACGAAUGGCAAAAUGGCAUUGUUAACACAGUUGGUGGAUGGUCUUACCAUGCGAAGGGAGUCUGGGUUACUGUUCCCGACGAAAAUGAGCCAUCGAUUACCAUAAUUGGCUCAUCAAACUUCACCAAGCGUGCCUACACAUUAGAUUUGGAGGCCAAUGCGGUCGUCAUCACCAAGGACGCAGAUUUAAAGCAUCGCAUGCGUGCUGAAAUUGAGAAUUUGAUGACACACGCCCACGAAUUGACGUUGGACGAUUUCAAACCCAAGGCUGUUGAAAACUCCAACGAAGAGCCUAGACUCGAUGCACAAGGCAAUCCAAUCAUGCCACCCACCGUGUACGCCGUUGAUGAAGAUAGACGCAUCAGCUACGGUGUUCAUUUGGCAUUGAAACUCUUUGGAGGUAAGCUUUGA